AUGGGUUUCUUCGUGCCUCAAUCAUCUCUAGUGAAUUUGAAAAACUACAAAUAUAGUAGUGAAGAUCGCUCUAUUGUAACCAAGUAUAUCUUAAAACCAUUUUGGACAAAAUUUGCUUUAAUUUUCCCAACAUGGAUGGCUCCAAACUUGGUUACUUUAUUAGGAUUUUGUUUCAUCUUAAUAAAUGUCGCUACGACUCUAUACUAUGAUCCAUCAUUAACCCAAGAAUCCCCUCGUUGGACUUAUUUCUCAUAUGCUCUAGGACUAUUUCUUUAUCAAACAUUUGAUGCUUGUGAUGGGAUGCAUGCUCGUAGAACUGGGCAAUCAGGACCAUUGGGUGAGUUAUUUGAUCACUGUGUUGAUUCUUUGAAUACCACCUUGUCUAUCCUUCCAUUUUGUUCUGCAAUGGGUAUGGGUUACACACAUAUACUGAUAUUUGCUCAAUUUAGUUGUUUAUGCAAUUUCUAUUUGAGCACUUGGGAAGAAUUCCAUACACAUAAAUUAUUCUUAAGUGAAUUUUCAGGUCCAGUUGAAGGGAUAUUAGGCUUAGUUGGAUUUUUCAUUUUAACUGGUAUAUUUGGGCAAGAUGCAAUCUGGAACGUCCAUUUAUUUGAUAUCACUUUAUUUGUUAAUAAACCUUUUAAUGUUACUACCUCACACGCGCUAAUUUACUUAAUAGUAAUCGGUAUUAUUUUUAAUAUUAUUUCUGCAAGAAGAAAUGUUAUUGAAUAUUAUGAAAAAAAUACCCCUUCAGAAAAUAGAACUGCUAUUGAAAAGAAUAUUAAUAAUGCCUUCAAAGGCUUAUUGCCCUUUAUCUUGUUCUAUAUUCCGGUUUUCUUCCUAAUAUCAAUUCAACCAAAUUUUAUUAAUUUGCCAUUUAUACUAAGUAUUGGUUUUACAAUGGCUUUCGUCGUAGGUCGUAUAAUUGUUGGACAUCUAACACAACAACAUUAUCCAAUGAUAAAUCCUCCAAUGUUUUUGCCUGUUUUACAAAUAGCCACAUAUUUGUUCAUGGUAAAUGGUUUAAAUUACGAACAAAUUACCGUCAGUACUGCACUAUCAUGGUUUGGUUUUGGUUUAUCUGUGGGUAUGCAUGCUUUUUUCAUAAAUGAAAUUAUUUAUGAAUUCACCACUUACUUAGAUAUGUAUGCAUUAUCCAUUAAACAUCCAAAGAAACUAUCUUAA